AAAAAAAAAAAAAUCACAUUCAUUAUUUUUCUUUUCUCUCUUCAAUUAAAUUAUUUAAAAAAAAAAUAAAAAAUGGGCUGCUGUAUUUCUCAUUGCAAAGUAAGCACGAUCGAAGUGGUGUUGGAUGAAAAUGGCGUUGCUCGCCGUGUACCUGCAGGACAAGGUACACAUUUGAUUCGAACCAUGCCUGACAAGGAAACCAGAAUGGAAAGAAAGGAACCCACAAGGCCCUCGGAGAUGUCCAAUCUAUCUCGUCCUCAAGCUGCUUAUUACCCGGCAAACAUGAUGUCCUCUCCUUUUCCACCCUCCAAAAAAGUGCAUCCGCAUAUCGUCGUUAGCGAGGAAAAGGUCUAAAAAGAACUAGCUUUUGCCAACACAAUUUUUAUAUAUAUAUCCCCUUUUUCAGUUGUGUAAAUAAGCGUUCCUUUCUUGAUCUACUAUCUUUUCCCCCACAAACAUAUACAUAUACCAACAACUGUCAGUCUCUUCUUUUUUCCAUCCCCGCUAAUAUCUAAUUCGUUUCUUUCCACAAAACUAUCACUAAAGGAGGGCCACUUUCUUAUAAAAAAAAAGUGCCCUUUUUGUUCCAAAAUCACUCAUCUAAAUAAAGAUCGUUUUAUCAAAAUAACAAUAACAUUAUUAUAGAAAUCCAUUUCUUAAAAAAGGCAGUUAGUGGGGCUGAAGUGAUUUUUUUAACAAGAAUGGCUCAAGUGACACG